UCAUGCUGCUGCCAGGUCCAGAGUGUCUCAUGGGUCCCUGUACGGCCUCCCAUUGCUGCUGUCUCCAUCGCCACACUCUGCCAUGUGCCACUUUCAGGUCUCCUCACACUGCUGGUGCUGUCCAUUUUGUCAUAGGGUGCUGGCAGAUUAUGGGCCUCCCAUUGCUGCUGCCAGGCCCGUAAUCUGCCAUGGGCCCCCGUACCGCCUCCUCAUGCUGCUGCCAGGUCCAGAGUCUCUCAUGGGUCCCUGUACGGCCUCCCAUUGCUGCUGUCUCCAUCGCCACACUCUGCCAUGUGCCACUUUCAGGUCUCCUCACACUGCUGGUGUGUUCCAUUUUGUC